CCCAUUGCUUUCGUUCCAUCCUUUGGGUUUUAGAGAGAGAAAGCCAUAGACGCCCUUUUCUCUCCCUCCGAAAAUCAAACACCAAAAACACCAAUAAACCCAUUUCUUGAAAACCAGUCACCAUUUGCCAAAACAAAAACGAAAGCACAGAAUUCGAACCCUUUUCUUUUUGUUUUCAUUUUUGUUUUAUAAAUUACGAAGCUUUUGUUAAUAUAUUUUGGUUAAUUUUGAGCUGCGGUGAGCUAGGGCUUGGAGAAAUGAUUGGGUGUGUCGCGCUCUAACAUUGAAUUACAAGAUGGUUGCCACGCUUGAGGAAGAGGAAGGGUCGUGGUGAUCGCUGAGAACCGAAACGGCGCCGUUUGGGGUUGGGGAAAUGGACUGCCGGGUGUGCAUGGCGGGCGGUGACGUGUGGAUGAGGGGUCAGAUCGGAGGGAGUUUCAGCCAUGAGAGCGAGUACGACCUCGCUUUAAUGGUCACAGAUUUCUGGGAAAAUGGUAGCGCCGGAGCUGAGUCUUGGUGCAGCAGCGACAGCGAUUCUGCUCUUUCCGAUCUCGCUCACCUCGCUGAUAAAAUUCCGUUUUACAAGCGCUCAGGGGCUCAGUACGAAAAGGACUUGACGUCAGUGGUUCAUUCUCUUAUACUGUCUAUCAGUGAGAAUGAUCUUCAUUUUGUGAAGUCAGGUCCAUGCAAUGCCAGCUGCCUCAAGUUUUCUCUGGUUAAGCUUCUGAGGCUUUCUGGUUAUGAUGCUGCCGUGUGUGUGGCAAGAUGGCAGGGCAGUGGCAAGGUCCCUGGAGGGGAUCAUGAAUAUAUUGAUGUGGUCAACUACAACAAUUCGGGGAGCUCGGAGCGUCUCAUCAUUGACCUUGAUUUCCGAAGCCACUUUGAAAUAGCUAGAGCUGUUCACUCGUAUGAUAGAAUAUUGAAUUCACUACCAGUUGUUUAUGUGGGCUCCUUGACUAGGAUGAAACAGUUUCUUCAAGUUAUGGUUGAAGCUGCUAGAUCUUCCCUGAAGCAGAACUCAAUGCCUCUACCUCCAUGGAGAUCACUUGCUUAUUUGCAAGCGAAAUGGCAGUCACCCUACCAGAGAGAGUUUAAUCUAGAUGAAGAGAAUGCUAAUGGUGCCUACUCUUCUGACCACAAGCAAUGUUGUGGACAGUUGAAGAUGCUGCAGUCUCUGCUUCAGUCUGAAAUUGAAGCAGAUAGAAUGUUGAAGCCCAUAAACAAUGAUCAUAUUAGGAGACACAAGCCUGAUAGGCGGAGGCACUCUUUGUUCAGGACUAAUUGAGAUGUACAGAUUUUGGGCUCUUAAGAUGAGAGAGCUCUCGGAGAGAGACUUGUAAUGCGGCUUUUCAUAAAUUUUUUUCCCAGACCUUCAAUAAGUGUGAACCAGAGAUUCAGAACAUGAAGGCAAGUUCAUAUAGCCAACAUGAAUAGCAAUAAGGCAUACUAUAGUGAAGAAAUUUUCAAUAUUCGUUCUUGCUGGGGAGUCAUACCUUAUUCCUUUACGUACUCUACGCUCGCAUCAAGCAGCACCAUCAGGUUUUUGGAAUUGAUGCAGGUUCAGUCCAGCAUCAUCAACAGCCGAACUAGGUGGUACUCAGUUCUUGCUUGACUACGGUGCAUCAGUUUUUUUUUAUUAUAAAUUUUUUGAAUCUGUUCUUCUUCUUUGAUAUCCUCAUAAAUGUAAUCCCUUUCCCCUUAUUUGUGUGGGCCAAGGAAGUUUUGUCAUUGUAUCGCUUUCUUUUUUCUACAAAUGCUGAGUUGCAUGACUUCCCCAGCAGAACAACCAGAAUGUUUACUUGAAUUACGAAAUUUUUUACCCAAUAAUUA